AUGAGCCUUUCUACAAACAGUACGCGUGAAGCCUUCGUAUCAAUUCCCGCUGAGCCCUGGCCUAAACUGGUCAUACACGAAUUCAUCGAUUCUCCCGAGCUAGGCACGGAGGCUAAUUCUAUAGUGAUUAGAGAUGUUUCUGCUACUUUAGGCUCGGCAUCUAUCCCUAUCGUGGGCUAUAUUGACGAGGAUUGUGGAUAUGGUGAGAUGGAGCCGCUUGUUUCAGAUGCCGACACCGACAUCAUGGCUACACCGGAAUUCUUGGAAAACCUUACUUGA